AUGAAGCCGUUGGAAUUGAAGCUAAAGCCGGAACUUCGCCGUUUCGCACCAAUGGCGCUGGCCGCCGUCCUCUUCUUCUGUACUUUGGUGCUCUUCUACGAGAUGAUGCCGGCUCUGCAUGGGACGAUCGCAAAACCGACUUCCAGCAGCCACGGUACUAAUCCUGGCCCAUCUGGCGGCUCAAGCGACGACUUCCAGCAUACCGACCGGCGGUGCCACGCGGUGCCAGACCCAGGGAACAUCCUGUUCAUCGUGAAAACGGGCGCGACGGAGAUCUACGAGAAGUUACCGACGCAGCUGCUGACAACGCUCGGAUGCGCGCGGGACUUUUUGAUCUUCUCCGACCUCGAGGAGCAGAUCGGCCCGUACCAUAUCUUUGAUGCGCUGGCGGACUUCAACGCAAGCAUGAAAGCCACGCAUGCCGACUUUGAGCUCUACCGGCAGCAACAAGCGUAUCAGCGCGGGGGGCUGGACAUCGCCACGCUCAAGAACGACGGCAAGGCUGCCUGGACGCUCGACAAGUACAAGUUCCUGCACAUGGUGGAGAAGACGUGGGCGCAGCGGCCACACAUGGACUGGUACGUUUUCAUUGAAAGCGACACAUACGUCGUAUGGACGAAUCUCGUUCUGUGGCUGCGGCAGUUCUCGCCGAAGGAUAAGCUGUACAUGGGUUCGGCGUCGUUCAUCGGGGACCAGGGUUUCGGCCACGGUGGGAGCGGGUAUGUCAUUUCGCGAGCGCUGAUGGAGGCGUUUGUGGGGAAGGAGCAGAGGAUGGCAGAUCGGUACGACGAUGUCAUUCCGAACGAGUGCUGUGGUGAUUUCGUGCUGGGCCGCACCAUUAAGCAGGAGCUGGGCGUGGGGAUCCGCAAUUUCUGGCCACAAGUGAACGGCGAGAAACCGGCGACGCUGGAGUUUGGGUCGAAGCAAUGGUGCCAGCCAGUCGUCACAAUGCAUCAUGUUAUGCCGCGGGAGCGCAGUGCCAUCUUCGAUUUCGAGCAGGCGCGUGACGAUGUAGCGGUAUGCUAUGCACCGCUAAUUUUCCGGGAACUCUCCGAGCUAUCCUUUCCCACCGGGAGGAUGCGCGUCCAGGAGGACGACUGGGAUAAUCUCGCCGAUGUGCCGGUGGCACUGGACAACCCCUCGAUGGAGGCCUGUCGCGACCAGUGUUUGAGUCAGGACACCUGCUUCCAAUGGCGGUACAGCAAGGACGAGUGCCAUGUGUCGACGCAGUCAUUCAAGAUCGGAACAAAACGGCUGCCCGAGUAUCACCGGCGGUGGUUUUCCGGAUGGAACGUUGCGCGAAUCCAGAAAUGGCGCGAUGAGCAUCCAUGCGAGAAGCCCGCAUGGGUCAAGCCGCAUUAA